AUGUCAGUGCCCGUUCAAUUGAACCAGGCCUUAGAAACUCUUUACGGGAACUCCGACCCCACGGUAAAGGAGCAGGCCAACGAGUACCUGCUGGCGUUCCAGCGGUCGGAACAAGCCUGGCAGACCGCGUUCGACAUCCUCGCCCAGCCGUCCUCGUCCGUGCAGGCCAGCGUGUUUGCCGCCCAGACGCUGCGCUCCAAGGUCCAGUACGACUUUGCGCAGCUGCCGCACGACCAGCUGCCCGCCCUCAAGAACUCGCUUCUCCAGCUCAUGGUCGCCUACACGGGCAAACAGCGGCUUGUCAUCACACAACUGUGCAUCACGCUCGCCAACUUUGCGCUCCAGUACCUGGACUGGAAAAACGCCGUCGACGAGGUCGUGUCCGUGCUCUCGGGCCCAGCCACCGACACGCUGCUCGAGUUUCUGAAAAUCCUGCCCGAGGAGCUGCUCGACGUGAAAAAGACACCUUUGACCGACGAGGAGUUCGAGGCCCGCGCAAACGAGCUCCUGGCCGCCAACGUGCAGUCGGUGCUGUACAUUCUCACGACGCUGGCCGAGACGCGCGCCUCUAACCCUGCCUCCACCAACAGGCUCGUUCUGUCGUGCAUCAAGUCCUGGAUCAUCGACAUACCGUUCGAGCAAGUUCUGUCCAACAACGCGCUGUGCACGCUGAUUUUCGACGGUCUGCUCGCGGACGACACGUUCGACACCGCCGUCGACUGUCUGUCGACGAUUGUGGGCGAGACGGCCGACUGCGACAACGACAGCGUCGUGGUGGCUCUGUACGAGCAGCUGCUCAAGUUGAAGCCGCUCAUGGCGCAGACCCAGGACGAUCCCGAAAAGGUGGAACGGUUCACAGAGCUGUUUGCCACGGCGGGCGAGGCGUGGCACGUGCACAUCGCCAAAGACCCGUACAACUUCAAGCCGCUCGUCGACAUCAUCCUGCAACUCACGGCGUACGAGGAGGACCUCGACGUGGUCAAGUACACGUUCAAGUUCUGGUACGAUCUCAAGACGCUGCUGAUUUCCGACGCCCGGCGCGAGGCUCGUGUCUGUUUCACCCCGGCGUACACGCAGCUGGUGGAGAUCAUGAUCAAGCAUCUGCGGUAUCCGACAACCUCGGCCUCGACCGAGCUGCGAGACCUCUUCAACAACGACAAGGAGGCCGAGGACAAGUUCAAGGAGUUCCGCUACGACAUGGGAGACGUUCUGAAGGACUGCUGCGCGGUGAUCGGCGCACCGGUGGCCCUGGACAUCCCGUUCAAGAUCUUGCAGAGCCAGAUGAACCUGCAAAUGCAGGGGCAGCCGGUCACGUGGCAGGAGAUCGAGGCGCCGCUCUUCAGCAUGCGUGCGAUGGCCAAGGAGGUCGGCACGAGCGAAAACAAGAUCCUGCCGCAGAUCAUGCGGUACCUGGUGCAGCUGCCCGAAAACCCAAAGAUCCGGUACGCGGCGACGCUGGUGCUGGGCCGCUACACCGAGUGGACAGCCAAGCAUCCGGAGCAUCUGGAGGAGCAGCUCAACUACAUCACCAGCGGCUUCCAGCAACAGCAGAACAUGGACAUCAUCAUUGCAGCGUCGCAUGCGCUCAAGUAUUUCUGCAUGGACUGUGCGGCGCUGCUGAGCAACUACCUGGAACAGCUGUACAAUUUUUACUCGAACGUGGAGCCGUCGCUGGACAUCGACUCGCUGUAUGACAUCACGGAGGGCAUCGCGCACAUUCUGAAGGAGGAGCGGGACCAGGACAAGCUGUACAACAUCACACUGAUGUUCUGGAAGCCGACUCUGGAGAAACUGGACCGGUACUGCAGCGCACAGCCUGCUUCCGCGCAGGAGCUGGACAGGCUGCACACGCAGAUCGCAGACACAGUGGAGAUCCUCACCAUCUACGUGGAUGCACUCAGACCAAAGAGCUUCUCGAACGCGAGCCAUCCGGUGGCCCGGAUCGUCAUGGACAUCGUGUGGCCGCUGGUGGUGCGGCUCGUCGAGACACACGGCCGGUCGGUCAAGGUGAGCGAGCGGUGCAUGAAGCUGGUGAGACGGUCGCUGCAGAGCUACAAGACGUAUCUGCUGCCGGUGGUGUCGACGACUGCAGAGCUGCUCGUUUCAGGGUUCCAGAACUACAGACACGGGUGCUAUCUGUGGGUUUCUGGGGCGCUCAUCAAGGAGUACGCUGCAGAAGACGAGGUUUCUGCAGACAUCAAGGAAGCCGUGUGGGGAUUUUCGGUGCAGCAGGCCGGAAAUUUCAUCAAGAUUUUCAACGAGCUGGGCAAAGAUGAGGUUCCGGAGUACACAGAGCUGGUGGAGGACUUUUUCCGGAUGAGCAACGACGUGCUCAUGUUCCUGCCCGUGAGGCUGCUCGAGAGCAGUCUGGUGGAGCCGGUGUACCGGGUCGCGGUGCGCGCGCUGGAGACGUACUUGGAGUACGGCACGGUGUCGUCUGUGCUGCAGUUUCUGGUGGACCUGUACUCGUGGGGAUUUGAAACGCCGCCGGUCUCGAUGGCAGACGACAUCCCGGAGAGCCUGAAAUUCAAGGUGCUGAAUUUCGCCGUCGCGACAGGAGAGGAGCUGCUGACUAAGCUGCUUGGCGGAUUAAUUUUCUCCUUCCCCAGCGACUGCUGGCCCGAGGCGAACGAGCUGGUGGUGAAGCUGGUGAAGCUGAGCAUGCUGCAGGGCGGCUCGAAGGUGGGUCUCGGGUGGCUGGACCGGGCGAUGCUGCGAUUGCCGCGGGGCAGCGUGAGCGACAGCGAGCGGCUCAAGUUGCUGCGGACGGUGGAAACGGCAAUCAACUCCAACGACUUCCGACGUGUGAGAACAAGCGUCCGCGAUUUCGUUAGCUGGUACAGACGCAAGAAUGUCGACAGACGCAACAAUCAAUAG